AUGAAUAAUAUAUUUGGUGGAGGUAAACCGGACCCAAAGAAACAAUUAAAAGAAUCGAAAAGAGAUUUGAAUAAAUCACAGCGUGAACUAGAUAGACAGAUAUUUCAGUUGGAUCAACAGGAGAAAGCAACUAUAAUACAAGUGAAAGCGUUGGCAAAGAAAGGACAAGAAGCAAAUGCAAGAACCCUAGCUAAAGAGAUUGUACGAAUAAGAGAACAAAAAGAUAAACUGAGAGCAAUGAAGACUACAAUGAUGGGUGUAUCUACAAAGACAACUACAAUGGCAACAAAUCAAUCAAUGAUGAAGGCAAUGGGAACAGCAACAAAGGCAAUGACAAUAGCAAACAAUCAAUAUAAUGUAGCUGCAGUACAGAAAACAAUGAUGGAAUAUCAAAAACAAGUACAUCAUGCUGAAGUAUCAGAUGAGAUGUUACAAGAUAUGUUUGAAGAUGAUGAAGUAGAUGAAGAAGCAGACAGUGUAUUAACAAAGAUUGUAGAUGAAAUUUCACUGGAUAACUAUUCAAAGAUGCCCGGUGUUUCAAGAGAUUAUCUAUCAACAGAGCGCGAACCUGUUAAUAAAGUUACGGAUGCCGAUAUAGAUGCACUCUUACAAGGAUUAAAGAUAUAA